GUCCACUGUUUGUAUUUAUUUAUUUGUGUUGUUGUAGUUUUGUAGCGCUUCUCCCGCGAUGGACGCGCUCCUCUCCCGGCUCUUCUCCUCGGAAGAAGAGGAGCUGCACACGUUGGACUGCAUGGCUUACGCGAUGGUCCUCAUGGCAGCGUGCACUUGUGUCACGCUGCUCUUCGAGAACGUCCCGUACGGCCGCUACGCCACCAGGAAGUACGGGUUCCCGGUGGAUGCCCGACUGGCCUGGUUUAUCCAGGAGCUGCCCGCCUUCAUGCUGCCCCUGGGUCUGGUGUUCUGGACGUCCUGUGCGAGAACCUCCAUGCUGCCCAACCAGCUGCUCAUCGCCAUGUACUUCUGCCACUAUGUCCAGAGAUCCCUUAUUUAUCCAUUAUUAAUCCGAGGAGGUAAACCGACCCCGUUCAUCUCGUUUGCCCUGGCCAUCGUGUUCUGCACGUAUAAUGGCUUCAUGCAGGUGAGGUACCUGAGCCAUUAUGCAGACUACCCUGCAGGUUGGGUGACACGGCCGUCCUUCAUUGCAGGGUCCGUGCUGUGGCUGCUCGGCUGGCUGGUGAAUCUGCACUCUGACCACAUCCUGAGGAACCUGAGACAACCCGGGGAGACCGGCUACAAGAUUCCCACAGGAGGACUCUUUGAAUACGUGUCGGGGGCCAACUUCCUCGGGGAGAUCGUGGAGUGGGUCGGCUUCGCUCUGGCCGGCGGCUCCGCCCACAGCUCGGCCUUCGCCCUCUUCACCGCGGUGGUCCUCAGCAGCAGGGCUCUGGCCCACCACAAAUGGUACCUGGCGAAGUUCGAGGACUACCCUCCACGCAGGAAGGCGCUGAUUCCCUUCCUGUUCUAGAAGCUCCACGGGAAGCCUGAGCAUGUCUCCUGGUUCUGGUUCUCCUGGCUCUGACAAUGCCAGCUUAGAAGAAUGCCACAGUGCUUUCGUGUAGUUUUUGACUAAAUGACAUUUAAAAAGGUCCGGUCUGUUAUCGCUGCAAACCAAAUGAAACUCAUCUGACAAGCAACACAUAAAAAGCCUUAAUCUCGCAUAUAUAUAUUUUUACGUGUGUGUGAAUGUACUGGGUCUGCUGGUGAUGCAACAUUUAGUUGCCAGGAAAUGCAAAGCAGACGCUUUAAGUGUCUCCUUCUUUCAAGCGAGUCGUCCGGUGCGACCGCAUCGCUUUCCAGGAGGCGGAUUCCCCCACACAUUUUUCUUUUAUCUUUCUUUGGGUGGCAUCAGAAAGACUUCUCAUCGCCUCAAAGUCCAGAGAGGAGGUCAAGCGAGGAGCUCAAUAACUCACUGUUACCUGAAAUGACUGAGUGUGUUGAGCAUCGCCAACGUGUGUGCGUGUGUGUGUGUGUGAGACUGAAUGAAAGACGAGGGACAAAAGAUGAGAGAAACACUGCAAUCGAUCUUAACAGCUCUCUUCUAUUCCGUUAUCGUGUCAUAAUCGCGUUUACAUGUAACCGGAUCACUGUGGGUCAGGACUCUUCUGGAUAUAUAUAUAUUAGGGCUGUCAGCGUUAACGCGUUAAUCUAUGCGAUUAAUGUGGCCGCGUUAACACACUAAAAUAUUUUAACGCAAUUAACGCAAUUUUUUAUUUUUUAAAUAUACUUUAUUAAUCCACAAGGGGAAAUUAGUUCUCUGCAUUUAACCCAUCCUUAGUUAUUAAGGAGCAGUGGGCUGCAGUGAUGCAACUGGGGGUUCAGUGCCUUGCUCAAGGACACUUCGACUUGCUUCCGGUGUGCCUUGAAGUUUUUACACUCCUCUGAGUGUCAAACCGCGGCAGUGCGGUUUGACACUGUUUCCGUUUUUAAAACAAUUAUUUCUCCGCGAAAAUAAGGAGCAGAAAUCAGUUUAACUCGUGGAUGAAUCAGUCGGGUUUCCUCCUGCUCCUCCUUCCUCCCGUCUCCCCCUCUGAUACACAGAGGAACAGAGGGGCGACGUGUCGGGUGACGCGGCGCGGAAAGAACCGUGUCACCGUGAUUGGUCAAUCCGUUUGUCUGUCAACAUUUUGGGAAAAAACAACCAAUGAACACUCAGUAAAUCACAAAGGACCUCCCACCUCACAGGUGAGGCUCAUUUAGCAGCCUGUCAGUCAGAGAACACGGCACCAGGACAAUGAGCCUAAUUACAGAGCUGAGAUUGUUCUGGAAUGUUUGAUGUAUAACACGUGGGGGUGUGUCACAUGCAAAAGACUUUAAACGGUGAAUUUAAUUUAUUUUGUAAAAUGUAUAAAAUGAGCCCAGCCUCCAGAGGGUUAACGUGACAUAUGUGAAUGUCAGUCAGUUACCAAGGCCACUGGUUCUGCUGUUCAGUGUUAAAGAUGACAGGACCAAUGGGGUCUCAAUAUACUUCUUUUUUUUAACUAAUCUGAUGUUUCACUGAAGAAACAAUUUAUCAUCCACGAUAUUAAAUACCUCGCUGGCACUUUAUAGGUAGGAGCCUCUUUGAAACACAGCUCUGUAUGAAGUUUUGUCUUUAAAAAGAAGGAACAAACUUUUAAUCGCGAUUAAUUAAUCGCAAUUUCAAAAUGUGCGAUUAAUUAGUUACAUUUUUUUAAUCGAUUGACAGCCCUAAUAUAUAUAUAUAUAUAUAGCGUCUUUAUACUAUCCAAGCUAACGAUGUGAUCUGCCUCAUAUUCAGUGUGCCUUUUAAAAAAAUAGAUUUAGACGGGAAACAAGUGCAAUUAGUAUUAAUGUUGAAAAUUAAACUAUGAAUAAAUGAUGUCAUUGCGUGUUUAUUGAAGUGUUUUUGAAAAGAUUUUGGUCAUCAUUUUAUUUUUUUCUUCCAAUAAACAAUCGGAGGUCUUCUCCCUGCAUCCUC